AUGAGCGAUUCGGACGAAGGCAGCGAGAGCGGGUCCGAGGCCGCGCCGUCGCCGACGUUCGCCGUCUACUACGAGGGCGUGGUCCGGCGCAAAGCAGGCCAAAAGACCUUGAAGCCAUGCCGGCUUCAAGUCCAGGCCGGCGGCCUUCUCGCCGACAUGGAUCGGGACCGAAUCUACCGCCUCCUGCACGUGCACGAGUGGCUCAUUGACAAGAAGCUCAAGGGUGUUGAAGCCGAGAACGUCGGGCUGCGUGUCGACUGCCAGCGCGAGCUGUGUGGGAGCGGGUCCGACGACGACGACGCCGGCAAGGUCACGACGUUAUGGCUCGUGCUGGCCAAGGAAGCCGACCGCCGGCAGUGGAAGCUCUUCUUACUCGCGUCCUUGUACCCCCAGAGCAAGGAGGCGAGCCAAGCGCUGCAGUACCUCGAGCAGGUGGCGCAGCAGGAAAAAAUUCGCCAAGCCGAGGUCGAGCGCCGCGCGCGCAUUGCAACAGAGCAGCAAGAGCACGAAGAGCUGCAGCGCUCCAAGAGUCUCCGGCUCAAAGCGAAAAAGAAGGCCAAAGAGAAAGCUGCCAAAGGCCCCAAGAGUGACUGGAAGGCAUAUGAGGCCGAGGACGGCCAAGUCUACUACUUUAACGCGCGUACGGGCGAGAGUCGAUGGGACAACCCAGAGGCCCCGGCGUCAGUCGCCGUCGUCACCCCGCCUGCUACCGACGCCUCGCCGGUGCUGGAACGCCGCCGAUCGUCCAAGAAGCAGCCCAAGGAGUCGGCAGAUGCGAGCCCGAUUCGACUCGAGGAAGCACCUGUCGUCACGAGCGACGACGAGCCCGUGGUCGUUGCCAUCGAGCCACUGCCGGAAGCCGCCAUGGCAUCCAAAUCGUCGAAGAAGAAGCUUCGGUUCGAAGGCGACGACAGCGACGAGGACGUGUCAAAGAAGAAGACGAUGGCGGCGACGCUCGAGAAGCUCCUCGGCGCGGGGCCACAACCCAUCAUGAAGCGCACGCCAAGCUCCAGCGACGACGUUGUCGACGGGACGGAAGCCGUGGACCCGACCUUGUCGACGGCCGAGCGCCUCCGGCUCAAGCGCCAGCAGCGGCAAGGCAGUUUGUUUGCAAUGGAGGAAGACGACACGGAUGCUUUUCUGCGGGAGCUUGAGCUCAAGAAGAGCGCCCAAGCCGCCACGACGGCCGCCAAGGAUGCGGAUGCGGACAAGGAUGCGGACGCGGAUCCGUUUUCGUUUCCAAUGGACGAGUGGGGGGAUGUCGAAGCACAGGUGCUGCAAGAAGCCGCUGCCCACACCAGCAACGAAGCAGUCCGUACUGUGCCAGACGCGCCGGUCGACGAGGUCGCUGAGGUCGCCGAGGUCACGGUAAAGAAAGUGAAAAAAGCAAAAAAGCUCAAGACGCCGUCGCCACCUGCGCCGCCACCUGUCGUGCAACACGACGACCCAGUUAUGGUGCCCGCUGCAGAAACCACCGAAAAAGAUGAUUCCCAAAAAAUUAGCAAGAAAAAGAAAACCAAACCCGCGCUCGAAGCGUCGACCUCGUCCAGCGACGCGCCGAUCGAGGCACCGGUGGCGAGAACAAAGCGGUCGACCAAACCACCCAAGAAAGUCAACGUGCUCGACGACAGCAGUAGUCCAAACGAGGCCGUCCCCACGACAACGCCCGUCGUCGACCAAGCGGUCGCGUCACACGAGCCCUUGCCGGCACUCUCGCCCAAUAGUCCCGACGCGUGGUCCGAGCACACGGCGCCGGACGGCCGCACGUACUACUACAACGCCGUGACCCAAAAGAGUGUGUGGAUCCAGCCCGCCGAGCUCGCCAAGGUGCGAGAGAUUGCGCCGCCAUCCCCGCGCGCCGACCCGCCAGCGUCCCAGCACACGGCGAUUAUUGCGUUCGACGCCACGCGUCCCGUGGCCGAGCUGCUGCCGCCGCACGUCGACACGCAGGACCUCUCGCUCUGCCCGCAUUGCAAGGCCGUGCCGCCCACGCAGCGGUGUUUGGAGUGCGCGACGAUCUUUUGCGACGCGUGCGUGGUCGCGCAGCACCAGCGCUAUGGCACGCUGCUCAACCACACGUUGGCGCUCGUGUCGGUGCCGUUUUGCCAGUGCUGCGAGUCGGCGAGUGCGACGCAAGAGUGUCUCGAGUGUCUCCAGCGACACCUCUGUGACGCGUGCGCGUCGUUUGUGCAUCGCAAGCCACCCAAGCACACGCACACGCGCCGCCCGAUUCUCCAACCCCCGACGGCGUCCACGCCGCCUGUGCCUUCCGCACCUGUGCCGUUUCCGAGUGGCUAUGCGAUGCAGGCGCCAAGCUUCCCGCACAUGCCGCCGAUGGUCAUGAUGAUGAUGCCGCCCAUGAUGAUGAUGCAAGGCGGCUAUGGAAAUGCCAGUUUGUUUGGUGGCAUGAUGCCGGGACCGAUGCCGGGACCGAUGCCGGGACCGAUGGUAGGUCCCGAGGCGCCACCGUCGAUGUACGGACCCGCCCCGGCCAAGCAAGAACCGGCGACCUGCGGCGGCUGGGGCGUCGACUUCGUGCAGGCGAGUGGACGCUGUCGUCACUGCGAGCGCCUUGCGAGUGCACCGGCACCGGCGUUGACACCAGCUUCGACACCGGCGUUGGCACCGAGUGUACUAACCAAGGACGUGGUGGUCCAGCCCACGACGGACCUCGGCGACAUCGAGUGGGACGACGACUCGUCCGACGGGUGGGCGUCCGACUAGUCGGUUCACCAGCGACUUCAGUGUGUCCACCAGCGACUUCAGUGCCAACAUAACACGUACACCACGUACAGAUUGUCC